AUGUUGUCCCUUGAGGGGGAGGAGGAGGGGGGGGAGGAGGUGGACGAGGAGGUGUUGAAGGAGGAGCUGCAGACAGGCAUGGAACCCAGCUGGGUGCUCGAGUCGGCGUCGCAAGGGGACUCGGGGCGCUACCUCUGCUCCGGCUUCGACCUCGACUUCCCCGACCUCCCGCGGCACCAUGCGACCAUCAGCUUGCUCGUGCACUAUCUGGAGGACGUUUGGCUGAGCCCCGUGGGUCCCCUAACCGUGCUGCGCGGUCAGGACCGCGUCGCUCUCCUGCUCCACCAAGGGGUCGGCUCCAUCGAAUACACCUGGUGGAAGGUGGGCAACCUCACCCCCAUCGACGUCGUCGUGGACAUUGCCCCCGAUGACAUCCAUCAACGGGCACCGUGGGCUCCAGCGGCUGUCCGAGGGGCCACGAGCUGCACCUGGCCAACGCGGAGCUGGCCCACUCGGGCCUCUACAGGUGGCAACGCCACCGUUCCCAGCGUGCCCGCGGCUCUCCGCUCCGCCACCAUCAAAGUCUCCGUCGAAGACAAGCCAAGCAUUGUGGCGCUGGACACGGUCGUGUUGAGCUCCGUGGACCAGCAGCUGGUGCUGAGCUGCCAGGCCCAUGGGCCGCCCUCCCCAAUCCUCACAUGGAACAUCCUCACCGUGCCCCAGGAGCAGGCGUUCGCGAACGGCUCCGUGAGGAGCUCGGUGGAGGUCAUCGUGACCUCGGAGCUGAAAAGCCGCGGGGUCGCGUGCGUGGCCACCAACGCCCACGGCGAGAGCGAGCAUCGCUUCUUCUUCUCCACGGCUGACCCGACGCCCAUCGCUGCAACGGCAGCCCCGCAGAAUUCAUCGUCGUACCUGCUGCCCGUGGUGGUGGCCUUGGUGGUGACCGUGGUGCUGGUGAGCCUGCUGUUGCUGGGAGCCUACUACUGGUACAGGCGGCAGAGGUCGGGCUCCAGCAACAUAGACAGCAAGGCCAACAGCGGGCAGCGAGUACGGCCAAGCGGGGUGGAGGAGAAGAAGCCGCUUCAGGAUCGCUCUCCGGACGUGUGAGGAAACAGAUUCAAGUACUCUGCCUGAUGAUGAUGUGCACCACCUAUACAUGCAUCCUGAACGUUAGAGAGACGACCGAACAAGAACCUUGGCGUUUUUUCUCCUGAUGACGAUUGCUUGUGCUGCGAUCGAAACGUCGUAGUUUUUUGUUAUUUUUUUGUUAUUUUCUUUGAACCUAUCGACAUGACUUCACCAAAAGACCGAAGAAUAAGAAUCUUAGCGACCCGAACAACGCUGCAGAACCCAGUUGUGAAGGCGACGUGGAUAAUGUUGUACCCCGUGUCCUUUAUUGAGCCAGCUGAGAGCCCAUUUAGAUGGCUUCUUCAUUAGAGUCCUUAAUUGAUUCACGCAUGGGCCGAUUAAAAUUAUAUUUAAUUGUCCUUUAUUUAACCAAUGCAAAUUCAAUUUGUAGCCUUGAUGUAACCAAAUAUACGGCCCAAUUGAGUUUCAGUCCCUAGCCCGAUUUAACCAGCUGAGGCAUUAAUGGAGAUUUAGUAGUGUAUUGGCUUUACUUCACCAGGUGAGGCCCAAUUGAGAUCCAUGAUUAUUUUCCGGAGCAUCGUAUAAUUCGGAUCGUACGAUCGUGGUAACAAGAGUCGCGGAGCAAAUACAAGUUUAGUGCAACCUACUGUAUGGACAACAACGUCAGUCAUCAUACCUCGUAUCACAAGAUCGCUCUCUGUAUUUAUCAUUUAGCUCCUUAAUUACCUUUGCUUACCUUACUACUUAUCUCGAAUUGGCGAGGUAACGACGCACGUCCGUGGCGGCGAUGACGAUGGUUACUAGGAGCGUGUUUCCCUUUCGAUGGUUGCGCUGCUGGUGACGGGCAGAGCGGUGGUUUCUAUCGCGACGGCUUUCACUCUCUCGACCGACAGCUCCCUCGACUCUUGCCGAUCGCCCCGCGGGCCUCUUGCGAGCCGCCCUUAGCUCCCCGGCCCCUCCUCGACCAUCCCUAACACUCCCUAUCCCAAAAUCGAACCCCAACCGUCCCUAACCCUCACGCGAUCUCCCUGUGGCCGAGCUCUCUCCCCGCCCUUCGCCGCAACCUCGGCCUGCUCCACGUCCUGUCUGGUGGCCGCGGGGAGGCCGGGCGAGGCGAGGGCCACUCACCGCCGUCGUCCAGUGCCACUUUGAGCUCUUGGCGUUGGUGACGAUGAAGCGGUCCGCCUGGGAGAUGGAAUCGAACCCACGCGCUCAGCGUGCUGCUCACCGUUACGACACAGGCACUGUGGCAGCUUCCUUGCAUAUUCUUAAUAAUAAUGAUCAUUAAAAAUUGAUUAAGUCUUCGGAGUGUGUGAUGUUUUGCAAAUGUUUGGAUGUGAUUUUAUUUCACGAUAUAGUGAUCGUAGCAAAUAGGUUUUGUCCAAUGUAUACAGCUUACUUUUUAUAAUGUUUUUACGUAUCUUGAAUUGCAUUACCUAGAAUUGUUUCAGCGUAGCUUUGUCUUUUUAAAUUUAAGCUUGUUUCGAUCUUGUUUAUUCUGCUCAAGACGCAGAAACCAAGGGCGAGAAUCGUUAUCCUGUUAAAGUCUCCGUGGUCGUUCAUCGGUUGUGUUUUAUGGCGAUGCCAGUUCAAACGAUGCGGUUCUGAUUCUCUGCCUUGGAACGCACGGCGCUUGGAACGGCUGGCUUGGGACCGAGCUCCAGGAGGAUGAGUGACAAGGUGGGAUACGUGGUGAUGCUGCCGCUAGGUGGUGGCGCACAAGCACAAAUGGCGAAGACGUCUCAACACGCUCCAUGUCGGAACAACGCCGUGCGUGUGUGUGGCCUUAACAGGAAAAAUAUACAUAGGUGACGUUUCAGGCAAUGGCCCUUCAUUGCACAUGCAUAGAGGGGCCAGUAGAGGGACAGUGCACGAUGAGAGUUGGAGACGGAACUUGUUCAUACCAUGGGGAGACCGAUGAUCAUUACAUUAAAAAACAUGUUUUCUGCUGACACCAGUUUUUAAGUAGGGGUAUGAAUUGUUACCUAAUGGUAACUAAGUGUUUUUGGGAGACGUUGAAUCCAUUCGUAAAUCUCGUGAAGGCAGUGCAUCACCGAGUAUCGGACAAAAAAAAUUCAAGUCCUAGAGGAAUGAUUAUUUCUGCCAACCUGACAAUAAAACUGCGUUUAUAUAUA